UUCGUAAACUCCAUUUUUUCUCCCACUCGUCCGCCUUUUUUUUUCAACUCUUUCUCGGAGAGGAGAAAAUAAGGGUGAAUAACUGUCGUCUUCUUCUCCGUGUUCGUCUGCUGUUCUCUAUUACUGUUUGGAGAUUAGAACGGCGAAAAAAAUGGCACGGCUAAGCAAAGACAUUGAUUCCGCAUUUCAUGGUGUCGGAACCAAAGGUGGCUUGGAGAUUUGGUGCAUUGAGAAUUGUCAGCCAGUUCCUAUCCCAAAGCCCUCUUUCGGGAAAUUCUAUUCCGGGAAUGCGUACAUUGUUCUCAAUACGGUUCUGCCUAAGACAGGGCCUCCCCAGCAUGACAUUCACUACUGGCUAGGAAACGCUGCAAAUGAGGUGGACUCACUAUCGGCAUCGGACAAGGCACUGGAACUAGAUGCAGCACUGGGAUGCUGCACAGUGCAAUACAGGGAGGUUCAAGGUCAAGAAACAGAAAAAUUCUUAUCGUACUUUAAACCUUGUAUAAUACCUGUUGAAGGGAAGUAUUCAUCAGAACCUGUAUUGGCUGAUCAGACGUACCAAAUUAGCUUGCUAAUGUGCAAGGGAGACCACGCUAUUCGUGUUAAAGAGGUGAAUUUUUGUCGUUCGUCAUUAAACCAUGAUGACGUUUUCAUUCUCGACACUGCAUCGAAGAUUUUUCUCUUCGCCGGUUGCAAUUCCAGCACUCAAGAAAGAGCAAAAGCUCUGGAGGUUGUAGAAUAUAUCAAAGAUAGCAAGCAUGAGGGAAGAUGCCAUGUGGCUACUAUUGAGGAUGGCAAAUUUGUAGGUGAUUCAGACGUUGGAGAGUUCUGGUCUUUCUUUGGUGGUUAUGCUCCCAUCCCAAGGGAGUCAUCUUCUGCUAGUCAAGAGCAAUUUGAUACUACACAAGCAAAAAUGUUUUGGAUAGAUACUCAAGGAAAACUGCACCCAACUGGAAGUUGUUCGUUGAACAAAGAAAUGCUUGAAAAGAACAAAUGCUAUAUGUUGGAUUGUGGUGGUGAAGUGUUUAUUUGGAUGGGAAGAAACACCACAAUCACAGAGAGGAAGACAUCAAUUUCAGCCUCAGAGGAUUUCCUGAGAAGGGAGGGAAGAUCAUUUGAUGUACAUCUAACCUUUCUAACAGAAGGACUGGAAAAUGCUAAAUUCAGGUCAUUUUUUGAUAGCUGGCCACAAACAGUCGAGUCCACGCUUUACACUGAAGGUCGAGAAAAAGUGGCAGCAAUUUUCAAACAGCAGGGUUAUGAUGUGAAGGAGCUUCCAGAUGAAGAAGAUGAAGUCGAGCCCUAUAUGAAUUGCCAGGGCACACUUAAGGUUUGGCGUAGAGAUGGUGAUGAGCUCUCUCUUCUCCCCAUUCCUGACCAAACAAAGUUUUUCAGUGGUGACUGCUACAUUGUGCAGUAUACAUAUCCUUUUAGUGGAAGAGAUGAACACCUAUUUUAUGUUUGGAUAGGUUGUGAAAGUAUGCAGCAAGAUAGAGUAGAUGCUAUAUCUCAUCUAAGUGCUGUUGUUGCUUCAACCAAGGGGGAACCGGUGAUGGCACAAAUAUAUCAGGGCAACGAACCUCCUCGCUUUUUCCCAAUGUUUCAGUCCUUGGUUGUGUUUAAGGGGGGUAUGAGUAAACGGUACAUGAUGUUUCUGGAAGAGAAGGAAAACAAAGAUGAACUAUCUACCGAGAACAAGGCUUCUCUUUUUCGUGUUCAAGGGACGAGCCCAAAAAAUAUGCAAGCUAUCCAAGUUGAUUCAGCCUCAACCUCUUUGAAUUCAUCCUACUGUUACAUUUUGACAAAUGGAGCCUCUAUCUUCACUUGGAUUGGGAGUCUUUCUUCAGCCUCUGACCAUGAUCUUCUUGAUAGAAUGCUUUAUUUUAUUGAUCCAUCUUGGCAACCCAUUUCUGUGAGGGAAGGGAGUGAACCAGACACAUUCUGGGAUUUGCUUGGAGGGAAGGCGGAAUACCCAAAAGAAAAAGAAACUAGAAGACAAGUUGAGGAACCACAUUUGUUUACAUGCUCCUGCAGUUCAGAUGACAUCAAGGUUAAAGAGAUAUACAACUUUGUGCAAGAUGAUUUGACUACCGAAGAUGUACUAUUGCUAGAUUGCCAAAGCGAAGUAUAUGUUUGGAUUGGGCUUAACUCAAAGGUCAACUCAAAGCAACAAGCUCUGACUCUCGGUCUGAAAUUCCUCGAGAUGGAUAUUCUAGAAGAAGGCUUGUCAAAGGAUACUCCUAUAUGCGUUGUCACAGAAGGACAUGAGCCACCAUUUUUCACCCGGUUCUUUGAGUGGGAUUCCACGAAGGCAAAUAUGCAUGGAAACUCAUUUGAACGGAAGCUUGCUAGUCUGAAAGGCAAGAAGACAAGCACUGAGACAUCUGGAGGAAGCCAUUGGAGAUCCUAUUCAAGGGAGAACACAUCAAAUGGUUCAAGAAGCCGAUCUGUGCCCUCAACCGGAGUAUCACCAGGAGCCAACCAAAAUCUUUCAAGCUUGAGAUCUGCAGAUGACCAAAGCGCCAGCAGCCAACCACCAAUUGCCAGAAAGCUGUCCCUAGGGGCUUACCCAAUGGAUGCUAUUGAGGGAUCUCAAUCAGAGCCAAGCCCUGAUGUAGAAACUUCUAAAGAGAACCUGCUCGCUGAAGUCGAUGCUGGUCUAGAUUCUCUUACAUAUUCAUAUCAGAGGCUUAGAGUUGAUUCUCAAGAACCAGUGACGGGCAUAGAUGUCGCAAGAAGAGAGGCAUACUUGUCAAAGGAAGAGUUUGAAGAGAGAUUCAAAAUGACAAAAGCUGAAUUCUACACGCUUCCGAAGUGGAAACAAAACAAGCUCAAGAUGUCUCUCCAUCUCUUCUAAGGCUGCCAUACCAGAUUUCUUCCUUCCGGUAAUCUCCUCUCACCAUACAUAUGUGUGUGUAUAUAUAUGCGAUGUCUAAAUUCUAAUGAUGAUGGAAACUCGGUCACUACCCAAAACAAAUAUCUGUACGAUAGAUACGUAGACUGUAGAGUGUGUUGUGACAAAUGACAAUGGACAAUUCGGACAUGUUGCGUGUGAAUGAUGUAGAUUAAAGACCAAAUGAGAUGGACAGCAAAAGCGUUUGUUGAUA